AUGGCCUCUAUGUGUUCCAUCCGCUGCCUCUCACCCUCGCAGCCUCCUCCUCGCUUCAUCUCCGUGACUGUGGUGACCACCAUGACAACCACUGAAGGAGCUACCAAGCUGAAGCACAGACAUGUCAACGGCUCAACUACAGAAUCCGCCAAUGAGGAGAGUCACACUCAGGAUGGAGACAUGCAGCAGUGGCAGACGCACGCACAGAAAGUGAAGCUGAAAAUCCUGGAGCAGAUCCAGGAACAUGUCAGCGGCAUCCUGGACGAGGCGCUCCGCGAACCUGUCCAGGGUUCAGCGGAACACCUGACCAAAGCUAAAGGCAAGAGAGCAGCCAAAACCUCCAGAAUGGAUGAUGGGAAAGUGUUCAUGGAACGAGUAUCGCUGCUCGACGAGCUUUUUGAGAUCAGCCACAUCAGAACCAUCUACCACAUGUUCAUCGCCGUCCUGCUCAUCUUCUGCCUCAGCACGCUGGCGGUCGACUACAUUGACCAGGGAAGGUUGGUGCUGGAGUUCGACCUGCUGGUCUUCGCCUUCGGUAAACUGUGGACGGUCACAUGGGUGUGGGCGCUCAUGUUCCUCCACACCCUGCUGGUUCCCUACUACAGCCUGCUGACCUGGGGCUCCUUGUACCACAGAGUCCAGUCCAAGACAGGUCUGUGCGUGGUGACGUCUCUGGUGGUGUCAGCCGUCCAGAGCUGUGUGCUCGGACUCUUCCCCCUCUACGUGGUCGUUCACCACCAGCUGCCCCCCGCCUCGCGAUUCAUCGUCAUCCUGGAGCAGAUUCGCUUUGCCAUGAAGAGCUACUCCUUCAUCCGAGAAACUGCUCCCCCUAUGAUGAAGAACCUGCCAAAGGAAGGACUGAGUCCCAGAGUUCCACCUUUGUCAACGUACCUCUACUUCCUCUUCGCUCCAACUCUCAUCUACAGGGAGUCCUACCCACGGAACAGAAGUGUCAGGUGGAAUUAUGUCCUUGUCACUUUGGGAAUGAUCUUUAGCAGCCUCUUCUACGCCUACUUCAUCCUGGUGCGUCUCUGCAUCCCUGCCUUCAGACCCGAGUCCAAACAGCCGCUCAGUGAACGGAAAAUGAUUCUGUCCAUCUUCCACUCCAUACUCCCAGGGAUCAUGCUGCUGCUGCUCUGCUUCUUCGCCUUCCUGCACUGCUGGCUGAACCUCUUCGCCGAGCUGCUGCGCUUCGCUGACAGAAUGUUCUACAAGGACUGGUGGAACUCCACGUCUUUUGCCAACUACUACCGCACCUGGAACGUGGUGGUUCACGACUGGCUCUACUAUUAUGGCUACAGAGACUUCCUCUGGCUGUCAGGCAGGAGAUUCCGAGCCGCUGCCAUGCUCUCGGUGUUUAUCGUCUCCGCCGUCGUUCAUGAAUACGCACUCACCGUGGGCCUCGGCUUCUUCUACCCCGUCAUGUUCUUCCUGUUUGCUGUUCUGGGAGUGGUCUUCAACUUCACCUUGAACGACAACCGACAGAGUCCAGUGUUCAACAUCAUCAUGUGGGCGUGUCUCUUCCUGGGUCAGGGCGUGCAGGUGUGUCUGUACUGCCAGGAGUGGUACGCCCAGAUACACUGUCCUCGGACUGGGAGCAGCUUCUGGGAGCUGGUGACGCCCCGGUCCUGGUCCUGUCAGAGCUGAAGCUGCUGACGGAGGAAGCAACGUGACGCACCAGAGC